CAAAGGGCAGGAGGGGUGCCUGGACCAGGGCAGGGGCCACAGGGAGGGAGAGAAAGGCACACAUGGGAGAGAGAUUUAAGAGGCAGGGGCCACAGGAUGUGGCGUGCUGGUGGGGAAGCGUCGGGGACAGAGGCCUGGGUCUCUCUGUCCCAGUGACGGGUGGACAGUGUCACCAACCCCUUUGAUAAGAGGACGAGGAGCAGAAGCAGGCCUGAUGCCAAGGUCGGUCUGGGACAAGAGCCCCGCCCUGCAAGGGUAGCUCAGGACACGGUGCCCGAGGAGCAAACUGGGACAGCUGAGCCACAGGGACGGCCCCCUGCCCGGAGGCAGGCCCCUGGGGCCCGAGAAGGGCCGGGGACCCAGAAGCCAUCGAGAGCAGCUCAUGGAGACUCGGCAAGGGACUGCCUCCGGCCCCACUUCGGGGAAGUGCAGAGCCAGGGUCAAAACAGGGCCCUCUCUGGCCCCAGAGGCUCCGCAGACACAUCGGACAGACACGGGAAAGAAGGCCUCAGAAGGAAAGACAGAAUGCGCGCUUCUCACCCUGUGCAGGAAGCCAGUCGGCAGCACGGCCCCAAAGAAAGCACGUGAUCUCCCCCGGCUCCAAAUCACCGAACCCUCCCAGGUCCCGCGCCAGACGGAGCCAGGUCCCAACCAGGAAGGGCCUCGGAGCAUCGGGACGCCAACACUGCCGUCUUCGAGUCCGGGUUGGGGGCGAAAGAUGGCGCUGACGGGGUGCAGCUGGCUCUUCCUCAGCGCCGCCUUCCUGAGCGCGGGGGCCGAAAUCUCUAUCACCCCCGAGCCUGCCCAGCCAGCCGAGGGGGACAACGUCACACUGACCGUCCACGGGCUUUCGGGGGAAGUGCUUGCCUACAACUGGUACGCGGGGCCCACGCUCAGCCUGACGUACCUGGUGGCCAGCUACAUCGUGAGCACGGGCGACGAGACCCCUGGCCCGGCCCACACGGGACGGGAGGCUGUGCGCCCCGACGGCGGCCUGGACAUCCGGGGCGCCCUGCCCGGGCACUCGGGCACCUACAUCCUGCAGACCCUCAACAGGCAGCUCCAGACGGACGUGGGCUACGGACACGUGCAGGUCUAUGAGAUCCUGGCCCAGCCUGUGGUCACGGCCAACAACACGGCACUGGUCGAGCGCCGAGACACCCUGCGCCUGGCGUGCAGCAGCCCCAGCCCCGCUGACGUCCGCUGGUUCUUCAACGGCGAAGCCCUGCCCAUCGCCAUCCGCCUCGGCCAGUCCCCCGAUGGCCGGGUACUGACCCGGCAUGGCGUCCGCAGAGAGGAGGCGGGAGCCUACCAGUGUGAGGUCUGGAACCCGGUCAGUGUCAGCCGCAGCGAGCCCGUCAACCUGACCGUGUACUAUGGCCCAGAACGCGUGGCCAUCCUCCAAGAUUCCACCACCCGCACGGGCUGUACCAUCAAACUGGACUUCAACACGUCCCUCACCCUGUGGUGCGUGUCCCAGUCCUGCCCAGAGCCCGAGUAUGUGUGGGCCUUCAACGGGCGGGCCCUCAAGAACGGGCGAGACCACCUCAACAUCACUAGCAUGACAGCGGCCCAGGAGGGCACGUACACGUGUAUUGCUAAGAACCCCAAGACCCUGCUUUCCGGAUCCGCCUCGGUGGUGGUCAAGCUCUCCGCGGCAGCGGUCGUCAUGACGAUUGUGCCCGUGCCCACCAGGCCGAUGGAGGGCCAGGAUGUGACGCUGACCGUCCAGGGCUACCCCAAGGACCUGCUGGUCUAUGCCUGGUACCGCGGGCCUGCCUCGGAGCCCGGCCGGCUGCUCAGCCAACUGCCGUCAGGCAACUGGAUCGCAGGCCCCGCGCACACAGGCCGGGAGGUGGGCUUCGCAAACUGCUCGCUGCUGGUGCAGAAGCUGAACCUCACGGAUGCCGGCCGCUACACCCUCAAGACCGUCACGUUGCAGGGCAAGACCGAGAGCCUGGAAGUGGAGCUGCAGGUGGCCCGUGAGUGUGUCGGGGGCAGAGGGUGUAUCUUUUCAGACAGACGCUCCCAAAGCGGUGCUUUGUCUCCUCCAGAGGGGGGAGGGAAGCACGGACGAAGGGUGGAUCUGCGUCCCCAACAGACUGAAAGAAGGGGCUCCCUCUCCUCCCUCUGACUUGGGGAUCUCCAAAUGGAGUUUUUGGCCUCUUCUGUCAAACCGACAGCCUAGACUAGGGGUAGAUAGGCCUCCUGCAUCGAACUGAAGGCUACCAAAGGGGGAUUCCACGCCUCCUCUCUCAUAUAAGAAGUACACCAGACUGAAGGUCUCAAGAAAGGAGGCACAGUCUGAGCGUAGGGCACCCUUUUUCCUGCAGGUGGGUAGAUCUAUUGCCUCCGCUACUUUAUUGGGAAAGUGGGUUAAUGAUGGGAGUGUACGUCCCCCAUCAGACUGGAUGUAUAGUACGAGGGUGGAUCGUAACUCCCUCUUUAGACUGGGAGAUCCUAGACAGUUGGCGUCAUGUCUCGGCCUUUGCAUUAGGGUAAGAGUGAGGACAGAAUUUCUACCAUCAGAGGGGGACAUUGUUCUCUCAAAGUGAAAUAGGAAAAAUCUCCUCCGUUAGGAUAGAGGCUUCUAGGUGAUGGGAAUUUUGUCUCCUCCCUCAGACUGGGAAUUCCCAGUGGUCAGGAGCCAUGUCUCUUCCAUCAGUCCGGGAAUUCCCAGAUGUUGAAGACCAUGUCUUGCCCAUCAUAGUAGGGACUCCCAGAGUCAGGGACCAUGUCUCCUCCAUCAGACUGGGAGCUCCCAGAAACAGGGACCAGGUCUCCUCCAUCAGACUGGAAGUUCUUGGAGUCAAUGAACCAUGUCUCCCACAUCAGACUCGGAGCUCCCAGGGUUAAAGACCAUGUCUCCUCCAUCAGACUGGGAGCUCCCAGAAACAGGGACCAGGUCUCCUCCAUCAGACUGGUAGUUCUCGGAGCCAAUGAACCAUGUCUCCCACAUCAGACUGGGAGCUCCCAGAGUUAAAGACCAUGUCUCCUCCAUCAGACUGGGAGCUCCCAGAGUUAGGGACCAUGUCUCCUCCAUCAGACUGGGGGCUCCCAGAGCCAAGGACCAUGUCUCCUCCAUCAGACUGGGAGCUCCCAGAGGCAGGGACCGUAUCUCCUCCAUCAGACUGGGAGCUCCCAGAGGCAGGGACCGUAUCUCCUCCAUCAGACUGGGAGCUCCCAGAGUCAGGGACCAGGACCAUCCCCAUCAGACUAGACAUCCCCAGAGGUCCAAGAGGCCAUGUCCCUGAGGCAGGCUUCAUCCCAUUAGACCAGGAGCUCUCAGACACUGGGAACUUGGUCAUUCUCCAGUCUGGAGCCUCCUCUUCCCCAUCAGACCAGGCAUUUUUGGAAGCCCUGAGUCAGGGAUGGCAUCUCCCAGCUCAGAUGUGAACUUUCUGGGGUCAGGAAAUCAGUCACUGCCAGGCACCGCUUCCUUCAUCAACCCCUGGUCCUGGGUCAGUGCUGGAGGUAGAAUGCUCUUCGAUGGCAGCAGGCCACCCCCCCCAACCCAUGAAGCCUCGGAAAUCCUUUUCACCCUGUCUCUCUUCUCACAGUCAACCUCCCUCCCCUGCAUGAGGACCAACGCCACCUUCCUGAACCUGAACCUGGCACAGGCUGAGCGUGGGGAG